GGUACUGAUAGGCAGCACUGAUGGGCACUGAUAGGUAGCACUGACGAACACUGAUAGGUGGCACUGAUGGGCAUUGUCUGUUCCAGGGGUGGACUGACAACUCCGGGCCCCCAGGCAAUAGGGGAUCAUGGGGCCCCUGUGUCCUCGUGCACACUCAAACCACACCCAAAAAAGCCUAUAAAAGGUACCAGGGGCAUGUCAUGGGGCCCCUUAUUGACCCCGGGCCCUUGGGCACUGCCCGAGUUUCUGAAUGGUCAGUCCGCCCCUGCUCUGUUCUCU